GAACACACUCUACCUAAAUUGAAAAUAAUUUUCAGAAAUUUAAUUACAGAAAGAAAAAAACUGCAUUUAAUUGUACAUAAUUAGUUUACAUAAAAAAUUGGGUUUAUUAAUUUGUAAAAUAUAAUAUGGAAAAGGAAAUUUAAUGUGUUUGUUCCAACUAAAAUAAUUGUUAUACCAACAUUUAUAUAAUUCGGAAUCGAACCAAGAAUAGCAUCCAUUGAGGAAACAUUUUAAAGGAAACGUGAUUACUCAAACUGUUAAGUAGUAGAUAUCACAAGUGGAAAUGUCAUGUCAAAAGCUUAUUCAGGAAGAUCCGUAUGUAUUUACGGACACCACAAGUAAUUCAGCAACCCUUUUGCAACAAAGUAACUCCCAAAUUAAAUACGCUCCUCUUAAUCGUCAGACGAUAUAUAGUCGCCAGUUUGAGCAACAUGAGCCAUCGAUUGACUCCUCUGAAAGUGAUAUACUUUUUCGAGCUCAAAAAGAAAAGUCACAGAUGAGUAAAAGCAAUGGUAAUUUAAAUACGUCUUUGGUGAGACCUAAGAAAAAUGGACUGAAAAAAGAAAUUUCCGCAUUUGCUGAAAGAAAAUCAUCGUAUACCUCCCCAAAAGUCUUCAAGUUCCUUGUAACUGAAUCUUUUAAAGCCCCAAAUGAACGAUGUUCAGACGAUCAUAAUGUAGAUGAUCAAAAUUCAAUAAAAAUUGAUCACAAUUCCAUAAAAAAUUCUUCGCAACAGUCGCAAAAAAAUCAAGAAUAUCAAAAAGAUACACAGGAAAAAUUGGAACCUUAUCAGGAUUUCACAAAUCGGUCUAAAACAAUUAAAUAUGGAGUUUGCAAUGAUAAAUACAAUAUGAAUCAAGGAAAACUCAAAAGGCUUCAAGUUGCAAUAAAAAGAAAACUUCCCUUGGGUAAAUCUGAUAAAGAAACAAACUUUAAAACGAUAAAAAACUCUUUGAAACACGAGAAGCAUAGCAACAUUCUAUAUUAUCGACGAUGGAAAAAAUGUAUGAAACCUCAGAAUAUUAUCGUUGAGUCAAUUCCUUUACUGUAUGAUGUGGAGACUAUUCACUCAUUCGAGCACCAUCCGUCGCUUCAUUUACAAUCUUCGGCACUCUACAAUUCUUGUUCACGUAAUAUUUGUGAAAACAGAGAAUCAUCUUUAUUACAUAAAUUGUCAAGAGACGAACGGUUGAGUCAAAAAAAGAUCCAACUAAGUCUUCGAGCACAACAAUUUCAUACAAUUCAAAAUUUCCAAGUAACCGAACGAUCUAAGAUGAAAUUCUGCAAAACUUUACUCCUUCUGAAAUACUUAGAUCAUACGAAACGUGAAAUUUUUAAACGAUCACAAAAAACCUGCCUGUUCAACGAUUGCUCAAAAGAGGCUAUUGUUAUGACUCAGUACUGUAAUUGCCACAUACUGUGUGCAAAGAAAGAACAAAAACUGAUUCGACAGUGUUGCUUCCUUCAUGAGAAUGGAGAACAAUGUCAUAUACCUGUUCAUGAUGUCGCUGCGAAAAGAGCAGUUUGUCAAAAACAUGAAAGUGCUGUUCUUAACCAUCAGCGGACUAUCGAUUCAAUAUAUCUUGAAAAAGUAAACUCUAUUCAAGGUAACCGUGUUGCUAACAGUUCAACAAUAACUCUCCUAAAAAAUAGCAAAAAAAAACUAUCAAACAUAAAUUUGCUAACACCUGGCCAACGUCAAACAAUUAUUAUUCAUCCAAAUGAUAUUAAGACAAAAAUGUUCAAAGCUUCGGUUCAACAACCAAAAUCCGAAGUGUCUGCGUCAGGAAGUUGUCAGUUCAUACAUCAAAAUAGUGGCAACAUUUUAGCUUCCUCCCAGUCUACGACCUACGCUAAUAAAUCCACUAACGAUGAUCUCUACCUUCAGAAAGAUCUAAUGACGAUAUGUGAGAAUAGUUACGAAAGUUCAGAAGAUACGGGUGUAGGAGGACUAAGUGAAAAUGAACUGAUGUCACACGAUGUUAUUGGAUCACUUGAAAUGGAGUGUUCUGACGAGCUAACAAAAGUUCUAAGCUCUUUGGCAACUAAUACUUUGGAUGAUAUAUUAACAGAACCUCUCCAAACAUCACGUGAUGAUGAGGAGUAUCUUGACCGUGCAAUUGAAGAGGUUUCAACAGUUGGAAUCGACCAGAUAGCAAUAACAGCUUUUGAUCAUCUUGAUGGCUUAGGUGACAUGCUUGAAAUGAUGGAUGACGAAGAGCAAAGACAAAUGAUUUCAGCAGCAACAAACCUUAUCUCAAUGUCCAGCAUGCAAAACUUUCUCAUGAACCAUGAUCAGGAUUAUACUGCGAUGCCAUCACCAAUGAUGUCUUAAGCGAGAAAGCAAGAACUGUUAAAAGUGUUAACAUUUUUAGAAAAUUUUCUUCAUGGAAUCUAAUGGAUGUUACUUAGUGUAAUGGCGACUUUUAAGGGCAUUUAACUGAUAAUAUUAAUAAAUGUUGUUUUAAUUGGAAAAACAUUAAUAUUCUGUGGAUAAUGCUAAACAUCUACAUAAACGAAAUUGUUCAAGAAAAUAAAAACAAAAUAUAAAUUCUUUUAAAUGAUUGGUCAUAAUAAUCUGACCAGAGAAAAGUUUUUAAUCAAAACUUCAUUAAAAGAUCUGUACAAAUUUUGAGAAUAUUAAGAUUGUUCAAAGCAUAAUAUCUAAUGAGAAAUUUAAAGCAGUGAUUUUAGGUGUUUGCUAAUGAUAUGAUGAUGUUUUUAUAGAAAAACUUCAAUGUAGUAAUUGUAAAUUUAAUAAAUUCCAUUUUCCACAAAAGAAAAAGUAAGAUCGUGACAUGUGUAACAUUUAUAAGGGAUAUUACGACAGAAUUGCUAAAAAAAACUAGCUAUACCGAAAAAUAAUAUGCUAUUCUGUUAUCACAGGCAUUAUUUUCGAAAUAACAAUCAUUAUUAAGAUAGAUUGAUACUUAUAGAUUGAUUCUAAUUCUUGAAAUAAAUUCAACUCAAGCCUUUUCAAAUAAAUUUUAUUUUUAUAUAAAUACCUACACAUAGAUAUUUGGACUAUCCAAAUUUUCAACUUUAAUUAAAUUUGAGAAAAUGAUUGUUUCAUUUAUUAAACCUUCACAAUAAUAACCACUUCUUUAUAUGGGAAAAGUAAAUAAUCCUACUUUGUUUUCUGAAUUUUACACAAAAGAGUGACGACAUACGAUCAU